GUAGCGGACUAGUGACGCCUGGCGGGCGGCAAAAUGGCUGCGUUUUAUUUUCCCAUAUUUCUACAGUGUAAAUAUCCAGCGGAUUUUUCAGCGGAGCGUUAAUUUUUCUCGCGUCUCAGCAGCGUAGAAAAGGCCGUGUGUCUGUUGGUUUAUUCCGCCCACUUGCUCCGGGGGAGCGGCGGCGGCUGCUCGUGAACCGCCCGGGAGGACUGUGGCCCGCGGGGCUGCGGGGUGGUAAGUCAAGGGUUCUAACUAUGAUUUAACUUAUAACACAUAUAGUUUAGUUAGCUAAGCUACUUUAGUUAGAUAAGCUACUUCAGAAGUUUCCUCAUCUGUAAGAGCUGCUGGACCUGCCUGGAGAAAACUCACUGAUCUAAAAGGCUGCUGCAGUGUGGCUGCCCACCUGCUGUACCAAAGCAACUAUGGCGACCCCACUACAAUAGCUUUUGCAAAUGAAAAUGGAGGGUAUGUCACUGUCAGGCCUGGAUAACACCAAGCUAGAGGCCUUGGCUCAUGACAUCUACUCAGACUUGGUGGAGGAUGCCUGUUUGGGGUUGUGCUUUGAGGUGCACCGGGCUGUCAAACAGGGUUACUUCUUCCUCGAUGACACAGACCAAGAAAGCAUGAAGGACUUUGAAAUCGUGGACCAGCCAGGGGUGGACAUAUUUGGGCAGGUGUACAACCAGUGGAAGAAUAAGGAGUGUGUGUGUCCUAACUGCAGCAGGAGUAUAGCAGCCUCACGCUUCGCUCCUCACCUGGAGAAGUGUCUCGGAAUGGGCCGGAACAGCAGUCGCAUCGCCAACCGCAGGAUAGCCAGCAGCAACAAUACAAGCAAGUCAGAAAGUGACCAAGAGGACAAUGAUGACAUCAACGAUAACGACUGGUCGUAUGGUUCAGAAAAGAAACCCAAGAAGAGAAAAUCAGACAAGAAUCCAAAUUCUCCGAGAAGAUCCAAAUCUUUAAAGCAUAAAAAUGGAGAGCUUAGUGGAAGUGUAAAUCCGGACCUUUACAAGUACAACUACAGUACCGGUAUCAACUAUGAGACUCUGGGCCCUGAGGAGCUACGCUCUCUUCUGACUACGCAAUGUGGGGUUGUAUCUGAGCAUACGAAGAAGAUGUGCACACGGUCUCAGCGGUGUCCCCAGCACACGGACGAGCAGAGGAGGGCAGUCAGAGUCUUCCUCCUGGGGCCGUCCGCGUCAACGUUGCCCGAUCCAGAGUCGACGUUGGAAAACGACGGUUAUGACACUCCUGAUGGACAGCUCAUUAUGUCCCGCCUCCAGUGGGAUGGGUCCUCAGACAUUUCGCCCUCAGACUCCGCCUCCUCCAAAGCCAGCACCAAUAACUCAGACUCUAAAAGACCUAAGAAGAAGAAGAAGCCCAGCUCGCUGCUCGUGGGCAGUGCAGGGGGCGGAGAGAGGGAAAAAGCAGGAGAGCGAGAGCGAGGAGAGAGGGAAAGAGGAGGAGGAGGAGGAGGUGGUGGCAUCAGUGGGAGUGGACUGGGUGGAGCCAGCAGCAGCUCCCAGAAUGCACUGGCUCUAUCAAAUCGUAAGAAAAGACCAAGACUGCCGGCUCCACCAGCUCCCAGUAUUUAUGAUGAGCUGAACUGAAUUAAACUGAACUAAACUGAAAGAUCUGAAAGAAGGAUUUUCCUCACCCACAUCUCCACUGGACAUCACACACAGCUUCAGUACCUGCUUUUCACACGGAUUCACCUGUCCUGCUUCUUCUUUUCCUAUCGGUUUAGGCACAGGAGAUCUUCAGAGAGAGAGUGUGUGUGUGUGUGUGUGCGCGUGAGAGAGAGUGUGUCGUGCAGUUCAAAAUUGGCAUUUAAGUUUACUUGUGGUCAGGUCAUGUCCAGAUAUAGAUAUGAGAUGGUGCACGUGUGUGUGUGUGUGUGUCUGGACCCAGUUGAAUGGUAAACAGUUUGAAAGCUUCUAAAACCGCACAAUAAUGUUACUGCGGCUCCUUCUCGUAGGUGUCGUGUCAGAAUAAUGCUACUUCAUAAUGCUACUCCACACUUGCCUGUUUGUACCGCUUCCUGCUGAAUAAUGCUCCUCUGAUAAUCACUGUUACAGCUUCAGGCCAAAUUAUGCUUCUUUAAUACACACUUUUGUUGUUUCUUGCAUCCUCUUAGUAAAUCUAUUACAGUGUACAUUACACUGUUUUACACAGCCGCUAAAGUAUCAAGGUAUAAAAAUAAUAUUUAAAGACCUAAUUCAUUCCCCUUAAUUUGACAAACCACUCCAUCAAGCAUAUUUCCAAAAAUUAAUACAAUCCACUGUCUUAAUUUAAUAUUUGUUUUCUUUUUAAUUUAAUUUACCAGUCCGAUCUCUCAAUUUAACAAUCCAUUCUCUCAAUUAAUAAAUUGUUUCUACAAUUUAAAAAUAGUUCUAUCAAUUUAUUACGUCAGUUUUGAUUUACGAGUCCAUUUAACUCCCUCAGAUUAAUAAAUCGCUUCAUUAAAAAAACUAGCUCAUUCUCUCAUUUUCAUAAAUCAUUCCUUUGAUUUAACAAGUGAGUUUAUUUAAUUAUUUACCAAUUAAUUAUUUCAAAUUAAUUAACUUGUUUGGUAAUUGAUAUAACUAUUUUAAAUUGAACAAAGUAAUUUUAUUUGAUUUACUAGUCCAAAUAAUUCCCUCAGUUAAAUUAAUUACUUAAUCAAUAUAGUACUCAUACUCAAUUUCUUAAGUCAUUCCUUUGAUUUAACAAGUGUUUUUUUUACUAAUCUAUUUUUUUAUUUUAUUUAAUAACUUGUUUGUUCAGUUUGAUAAGUAGUUUCUUAGGUUUGACGAUACAUUCUCUCUGAUUAAUAAAUUGUUUCCUUGAUAUUAUAGUUAGCUGGUUCACUUAAGAUAAGAAUUAAUUCCCUCGAUUUAAUAAAUUGUUCCAUUGAUAUUAUCGUUCAUUCCCCUGAUUUAAUAAAUAGUUCUCCUAUUUAACAUUUAAUUUCCUCAAUUUUACAAUAUGUUCCCUGAAUUUAAUAUUUUUCCCCAUUAUUUAAUAAAUUAAUUCCUUAAUUUUAACACUCAGUUCUUGCAAUUUAAUAAUCCAUUCCCUCAAUCCAGUAAUCAGCAAUUUGUUCCCUCAGUUGAAUAAAUUGUUGCAUCAGUUGCACUGUUUAUUCCCAUAGUAAUUACAGUCCAUUCCUUCAAUUUAAUAAUUUAAUGAAUUGUUCCAUUAUUAUUAUAACAUAAUAAUCUGUUACUUCAGUUUAAUAAUGUAUUUCUUUAAUUUAACAAACCAUUUACUAAAUAUAAGCAAUCCACUCCCUUUCUUUAAGAUUUCUUUCUUUAAUUUAUCAGUCUUUGUUUCUCUCAAUUUUGUAAUUAAUUAAUCGAUUACAUAAUCAAUUCCCUCAAUUUAAUAAACGGUUCCUUUGAUUUAAUUAAUUUAACAACCCAUUCCCUCAAUUUAAUAAACUGUUUCUUUGAUUUAAUUAAUUUAACAACCCAUUCCCUUAAUUUAAUAAACUGUUCCUUUGAUUUAAUUAAUUUAACAACCCAUUCCCUCAAUUUAAUAAACUGUUUCUUUGAUUUAAUUAAUUUAACAACCCAUUCCCUCAAUUUAAUAAACUGUUCCUUUGAUUUAAUUAAUUUAACAACCCAUUCCCUCAAUUUAAUAAACUGUUCCUUUGAUUUAAUUAAUUUAACAAUCUGUUGCCUGAAUUUAAUACAUUGUUUCAUGGAGGAGGUUUUAGUUAAAUUGAGAAAAACAUUUUUAUUUCUAAAUUGAUUGUUGAAUCAGGAGCACAAUCUUUUGUCUGUAAUUAUUAUUUUAAUAUCCUGGUACUUCAGAGGUUGUGUAUUAUUUAUUUAGUGUAUGAUGUAAUGUUGUGUUGGUUAGUUUUUGCCUGCUGGUCUGUGGUUUGCCCUGCUGAACAUGGCUCCCUCCGCGCUCCUCGUCUCCAUCAUGUGAUCCUGUCUGGUCUGGUGGAUCUUCUGAGCACUUGUUUUACAGUGGCUGUUUUUAUGUUUAGGCUUGAAGCAGGGUUUAUUUGUGCUGCAGAAACGCUGCGGUGGACGAAUAGCACUUAAACGAGUGAAGAGCAGAGAAGAGCUGCACUUCCUGUGGAUCAAAUCCAGUCUAAUCAAGAAGCCUUACUGCUUUUAAAACUCGAUUGUUUUUGGUUGUUUCUAUAUUUGUUGUUGUGUAUUUUAUAUAUUUUAGACCCAGGCUUAAAGACUGGGUGGUGUGUGUGUGUGCGUUUGUGUGUGUGUGGUGGAGGGGCUAAAAAAAAAAGAAGAAAAUUCUACAGAUUCCUCAUCCCUGCAUAUGAAGUUGUUGUGUGUGUGUGUGUGUGUGUGUGUACGGAUGUUGUUGUUUUCUAUGCUGGUAUCAGUUGUGUCUCCUCUCUGAGUGUACUGUGGUUAGCUGGUGUUUUAGUGUGAAUAAAGCCCAGUGUGUCUCAGGAG